GCUCCAAUCCCUGAUCGCUGUUCCUUAACCCAGCCGCCGGUUAGCCACACCGCCGUUUCGCCCGUCGACGCGUGCCCGCCGCCGCAUCUCUAGCAACCGCCGGACCCCGGUCGCGUUCCUCUCCCUCUUCUCGCGUGCGCGCGACAAGCGGCGCCGCAGUCGAGAUCAUGCAGUCUCGCACGUGGUCCAUCCUGCGCGGCUUAGCGCGCCGCGGCGCCGGUGCUGCCGCCGGAGCGCCGGCUGGGUCCGGGGUCGGCUCAGCCCAGUUAGGUGGCCUCGGUCCUUCCCUUCAUUCCGCUGGAAUCUCCACCGGCUCAGCCUGCAUGCUCGCCCGCCAGAAUGGAGGUUUUGGUGAUGGUGGAUUCAUCGACUCCAUUCGUAUCGGCGGUGUUGUGCUACCGAACCACAAGAGGCUGGAAUACUCGCUACAGUCCAUCCACGGCAUCGGGCGGGCACGCGCCCGUCAGAUCCUUUCGGAACUCAAUGUUGAGAACAAAGUCACCAAGGACCUCUCCAAGCUGGAGAUCAUCACCCUCCGCGAGGAGAUCGCCAAGUACAUGAUUGAAGGAGACCUGAAACGGUUUAACCGUGCGGCAAUCGAGAGACUGGAGGGGAUUAAAUGCUACAAGGGCAUCCGGCACGAGCUUGCUCUCCCUGUGCGUGGCCAGAGGACAAAGACCAACUGCAGGACUCGCAAGGAAAAGAGGGCCUGAGGCGUCAAACAAGUUGUCAGCCUCCCAGAAAGAAUAAAUCAUAUUGUCAUGUAUUUACUUCCUGUUUGGUUUUCUUUGUAUUGCAUUACUGCGCUAAACUGUUAAUCGACAGUCAAUCCAGUAAAUGCUAGGUGUCUCCCAGCACAGCCUCUGGUGGACUUCCAGAAGCUGUUAAAUUCAGUUGCUUUGUUCUAUUUGAAUUGAGUUUAAUGUUUGAACAUCUGCAAUUUUGCCUGCCAAAAUUUUAAUAUGCUUAUAGAUCUAUGAUUCUAUGAUAA